GAGAGGAACGCCAAGGAUGUGGAAGAGAGAUGAAAACCAGGCUGUCUUGUCUGUCUGUCUGUCUGUCUGUCUAUCCCGUCUCUGCGGGCUCUCCGUAAGUACUUACGUACCGCACUACAUCCUGUAUGUAUGGUGCAUACAGGACCAAGGAAGUCAAAAACCACCGAGGCGCGAUCUUCAUGCAUUAGUUGAAAAGAAGGUGGGAAGAAGAAACACGGGCGCAACUGGGUGGUUCAGUUCAGUUAUGGAAUGAUGGUG